CGCGCGACGCGCGGAAAGAGUUCGCGCAACGAUCGCGGGGUCGGCGGGCGGGGCGAGGCCCUGGACGGCGGCGGUGGCGGUCCUGCUCCGUCCCUUUCCCAGACCGAGAGCCGCUCCGGCAUCAUGUCAGCUUACCCUAAAAGCUACAAUCCGUUCGACGACGACGGGGAGGACGAAGGCGCCCGGCCGGCCCCUUGGAGGGACGCCCGGGACCUCCCCGACGAGCCCGACGCGCCAGCGGACAGGCAGCAGUACUUGCGGCAGGAGGUGCUCCGCAGGGCUGAGGCCACGGCCGCCAGCACCAGCAGGUCCCUGGCCCUCAUGUACGAGUCCGAGAAGGUUGGGGUCGCCUCUUCCGAGGAGCUCGUCCGUCAGCGAGGAGUCCUGGAGCGCACAGAGAAGAUGGUGGACAAGAUGGACCAAGAUUUGAAGAUCAGCCAGAAACACAUCAAUAGCAUUAAGAGCAUGUUUGGGGGGCUCGUCAAUUACUUCAAAUCCAAACCAGCAGAGACCCCACCUGAACAGAAUGGCACCCUCGCCUCCCAGCCCAACAGCAGAUUGAAAGAAGCCAUAAGUACAAGUAAAGAACAGGAAGCAAAGUACCAGGCCAGCCACCCAAACCUUAGAAAGCUGGAUGAUACAGACCCUGUCCCCAAAGGGGCUGGUUCUGCUGUGAGUACCGAUGCUUACCCAAAGAACCCACACCUUCGAGCCUAUCACCAGAAGAUCGACAGCAACCUAGGUAAGACUGAGCGCCACACCAGCUUUUGUAAGCCACUGUUCCUUCAGGCAGCUCACGCCAAGCAUAGCCCCUACAUGAGGACCCUCCAGCUUCAGCUCCCUCCCCACACAUCGCAUCCCACACCAAGCCGGGUCCAUCUUGCCACCUCACUGUCUCUGGAAUCUCUCCACUUCUCACCAUUUCCUACUUCCAGCCCAACCGAGCCCUCCCCACCUCUCACUUUCAUGAACAGCACGAGGGACCCAGGAGUCCCUGAGAGGCGAUAAAGUGGAGCCUGGACGUGACUGCUCACUCCAUCCUUCCCACCUGGCCACUCAGAGCCCUGUUUUCCUCCUUGUGAAACGGGCUGCCUCUGAGAACAGUGGGAAGGUUACCUGAGCCAGAAAGUGCUUGGGAUGGAAUUAGCGCUCAUGUUGCAAUUGGCACUUUGGCCACACAGCCUCCAGCAUGAUGUUUCAAAGCAGAAGGGUGUGCAGGGGGCCAGGCGCAGUGGCUCA